GGGGCUCUAACUCUUCUGAUGAAGUCAAGAUGGCUACUCCUAAUGAUACACAAGCAAAUAAAUGUCUUUUCUGCAGAAUAGCCCACAAGCAGGAGCCAAAAUCGCAAUUGCUUUAUGAUAAAGAUGAUAUUGUUAUCUUCAAAGAUAUUAGACCAGCUUCAGAUCAUCAUUACUUGGUUAUUCCGAAGAGCCAUGUGAGAGAUCCCAAACAUCUCAAUCUAAAUGAUGUGGAACUUGUGGAGCGAUUGGUGGCAACUGGAAAAGAGUUUCUGUCACAAAUGGGUGGCAGCGUGGAUGAUGCUCGCCUUGGUUUUCAUUGGCCUCCGUUCAACUCUAUAUCACAUCUUCAUCUCCAUGUUAUAUCUCCUGUUAAAAAUAUGGGAUUCAUAUCUGGUCUUGUUUUCAAGCCAAACAGCUACUGGUUUGUCUCCCCUGAUUGGGUUUUGGAAAGACUAAGAAAUAUGAACAAGACAUGAUGAUAGAAGAACUUAAAAAAAAACAAUUUGAAAUUUUGUGACAAAAUAUAUUGUAAGUGUUCUAUAAUUGGACUUUAAAAAUUAAUGUGUUGUUGUUUGAAAUGUAUAUGUUUCACAUUUUAAUUAACUAUUUUUGUAUAUACUGACAAAUAAAAACAGAUUGUAAUUUGUCUUUUUAUUCAAACAUUUUUUUUUUAAACAGUCAAAAAAAAAUACUUUCCUUCUUUAUACUUAUGAGGAACCAAUGAGGCCCUUAUGUAGUUCACAGAACUUGCUAUGAACAUGCAGGAACUGAAUAGAAAAUUAACAUUUUGUGUUUAUAUUUUACAUUGUACAAUUUACACUAAUUAUAAAUACCACUGCUUAAGUAUGAACAUUGAGAUAGUCUUUGGAAUCAAUAAAAUACUUUGAAAUCAAUAAAAUACAUUUUUAAAAGUCCACUAUUUCAUUACAUUUACAGCAAGAUGCUAAUGCAUCAAAUGGAUAUUAUGUAUUUAUCAUCAUUAUCUAAAUGGCCUGCCUGGUCAUUUGGUUGUCUUGAUGGUCCAGAGUUCAUACCCUACUCAUUGUCCUGCGGGAGGUUUGAACUAGGAAGUAGAUUAUCUUCAACUCCGAAAGAAAAUCUAAACAAAACUACUUUAGAUAGGAUAAUAUAUAUAACUUAUGAAAGUUUCAAGACAGUUAAGUGUGAUGAUGAGGUGGUUGGGGUUCAUGUGGUUCUGCUACAUUUAAGUUCAUUCUGUAUUCACAUUCCAUCGCUCUUUAUAUGGUAGUUAUAUUCAAAUAUCACAAAAGUUUUAUAUGCAAUGCAAAAUAUUUAACACUUAAAAUUUGAACUGUAUGAUGAAAAUAUAUCACAAAGAACCCAGUUGUGUAAUAAAUGACUAAUCAGACUAUUUAGUUUAAAUCCUUUACUUUUUUAUGAUAAUUUUUUUUUUAUUCCUCACAAAUGGAAUAUUUGACAUUUUGUGAUAAUGAUCUUCAUAGAUAUUUACUAUACAGUUUUUGCUGAGGCAUUAGAACACCUUAAGAUACCAAGCACUCUAGGUGAUCUCCCUUGCCAGGUCAAUAUACUGCAGGUUCCAUUUUCUCUGAUAACUUCCUUUUUAAAAGCCACCCUUGGAUUUCAUUUUUUAUUUUAUUUUAAGCAAAAUGUUUAACCAUAUUGUAUUUCACUUGCAAACUCUCUAGCCUUUUAAAGUAUAUCAUACUUCUAAUGUUUAUUAUGCUAAGUUCAUUUUUAGCAGAUAAAAAAAAGACUCCUUUUAGUUACAAGAAAAAGGAUGCCUAUUAUAAGCUAUCUUGACAUGAUCAACUCAUAAUUUUUCGACUCAGAACCGGACACAACAGAAUGAGACAACAUAUGUUCCGGAAGCUUAAAGUCGGGACGAGCGAAACCUGCCCUUGUGGAGCAUCACCAGAGAAUGCUGACCAUGUCAUUCAAAGCUGCAAACUAUAUCAAGAGGCCCAAACAAGACUCUGGCCCCAAAACCUUCCUAUAGAACAAAAACUAUAUGGAGAACUGCCUGAUCUAGAAACCACUGCGCAGUUCAUCUCAGAUUUAGGAUAACUGAUCUGAACCCUCCGACAUGUAAAAUGAGAACGAAGAAG